UCCGCUUCGCCAUUUUGUGCUGCUGCGCCGGGUAUUUAUCUGAAGAUUCGUGACUAGUCCGUUUACACUGCUAGUUAGGUGGUCUCAAACGUGUCUCAGUUUACGGAUUAAGAACUAAAGACUGUGGCCUUCGAAUCAAUUUACGCCAGCCAAAAAGGGAAGCAUAGCAAUAGUUGUUUUGUACAUUUAGUUGUUUUUUUAUUGUGUGAGAAAGAAUGUCGUCCGAAAGCCCCGAAUACUCUCCGUUCUUCGCAGUGAUGGGUGCCUCUGCGGCUAUGGUUUUCAGCGCCUUGGGAGCGGCCUAUGGCACGGCCAAGAGUGGCACAGGCAUCGCCGCCAUGUCGGUGAUGAGGCCAGAGCUCAUCAUGAAGUCCAUCAUCCCCGUGGUCAUGGCGGGUAUCAUAGCCAUCUACGGCCUGGUAGUAGCGGUGCUGAUCGCUAACAACAUCUCCGAGAAGGUCAGCCUCUACAAGAGCUUCCUCCACCUGGGUGCAGGUCUGAGCGUGGGGCUGAGCGGGCUGGCAGCUGGCUUCGCCAUCGGCAUCGUUGGAGACGCGGGAGUGAGGGGCACAGCCCAGCAGCCCCGGCUCUUCGUGGGCAUGAUCCUCAUCUUGAUCUUCGCUGAGGUCCUGGGGCUGUACGGCCUCAUCGUCGCCCUCAUCCUGUCUACGAAAUAGUCGGCUCGCCUCUCCGAUAUCUCCUUUAUGUUGCUGCUGGAGAGAAAAAAAUUAUAAUAAUUAAGCAAAACAGGAAAAAACAUAAAAAGAGUAAAAAUUUCUGACACAAAAGUGACAAACGUGGAAAUAUUAUUAUAUAUGAUUAAAAAUGGCUCCGUAAAUAUGUGGUCUUAUCUCAAAUGUGUACAGUCGUCCCAAUUUGAUAGUCAACUUCUUGUAAAUGCGCAAUGUAGUGUUUUGUGUGUGUGUUAAGAAAAACAAUUGUAUGAAGAUUCCUUUCUCUUACCACACUGGUUUCUGGUCAGCCAGGUCGCUUGUUGGCCCCUGGUCGGCCCCUGGUUUGAGAGAGCUGACCAAAGGCCCUCUGCUUCUCCUCCUGCAUUGAAUCUGGGAGUUUACACAAGUUCUGGUUUGAUGUUGAGGAUCUAUUUGUGUAGAAA